AUGGCGCCGCAUGUUCUUCUCCCGCUCGGCGGUGAUGGUGCAGCUUCUUUGCGGCGGCCGGAGGUUUAUGCUAGAGUUUGGAAGAGAAAGAAGAUGAAGGAUUGUAGGGUAAAAUUUGAUAACUAUGAAACUAUUAACAGUUCAACUAUUACUAGAUUGGUGCUAGAUUCAUAUGGAAAUUCACAACGUCUUGUAUGGUCAGAUAGGACACAAAUUUGGGAGGCUAUAUCUUCUCGUCCGAUAGACCAAUGUGAUAAUUAUGUCUUGUGUGGUAUCAACUCUAACUGCAAUAUUAAUGAUUUUCCAAUAUGUGAAUGCUUGGAAGGUUUCAUGCCAAAAUUUAAAUCGAAGUGGGAGUCAUCAGAUUGGUCUGAUGGGUGUGUAAGGAAAACACAUUUAAAUUGUAUCCAUGGAGAUGAAUUUUUGAAGUACAUAAACAUGAAGUUGCCAGAUACAUCAUCAUCAUGGUUUGACAAGAGCUUGAGCCUUGAGGAAUGCAAGACUGUGUGUUUGAAAAACUGUUCUUGUACUGCGUAUGCAAAUUUGGAUAUCAGAUAUGGUGGUAGUGGCUGCUUACUUUGGUUUGACAACAUUGUGGACAUGAGAAGACAUCCAGACCAAGGACAAGAUAUUUACAUACGACUAGCAUCAUCAGAAUUUGGCCAUAAAAAGAAAAAGAGGAACUUGAAGCGUGCUGGAACUCUUGCAGGAAUUAUUGCAUUCAUUAUAGGACUUACCGUUAUUAUAUUGGUCACAUCAACGUCUAGAAAGAAGCUUGGGUGUGUAAAAAUGUUAUUUCACAAGAAGGAGACGGAGGAUGGUGAGCUGGCAACAAUAUUUGAUUUUUCAACCAUCACUGAUGCAACAAAUCACUUCUCUAACCGAAACAAGUUAGGAGAAGGUGGUUUUGGACCGGUGUACAAGGGCAUAAUGGUAGAUGGCCAAGAGAUUGCUGUUAAGAGGCUAUCUAAAACAUCAGGACAAGGAAUUGAGGAGUUCAAAAAUGAAGUAAAAUUGAUGGCAACACUUCAACACCGAAAUCUUGUAAAACUUCUUGGUUGCUCUAUCCAACAUGAUGAAAAGUUGUUGAUCUACGAGUUCAUGCCCAACAGAAGCUUGAAUUACUUUAUUUUUGAUACUACGCGAAGUAAAUUACUAAACUGGACAAAGCGCUUGGAAAUUAUUGACGGGAUUGCUCGGGGUCUGCUGUAUCUCCAUCAGGAUUCUACGCUUAGAAUCAUACAUAGAGAUCUCAAGACAAGCAAUAUUCUUCUUGAUAUUGAUAUGAUCCCAAAGAUAUCAGAUUUUGGUUUAGCCAGAUCAUUUAUGGGAGAUCAAGCCGAGGCUAAUACAAAUAGAGUGAUGGGAACAUAUGGAUAUAUGCCUCCAGAAUAUGCAGUACAUGGAUCUUUCUCAAUAAAGUCUGAUGUUUUUAGCUUUGGAGUUGUGGUACUUGAGAUAAUUAGCGGUAAGAAGAAUCGCGGAUUUUGUGACCCUCUACAUCAUCUAAACCUUCUUGGUCAUGCAUGGAGGCUAUGGAUUGAAGGAAGGCCACUGGAGUUAGUGGAUGAAAUAUCAUAUGAUGCGGCCAUAUGUUCAGAAAUAAAAAGAUUUAUUCAUGUGGGUCUAUUGUGUGUACAAAGGAAACCAGAACAUAGGCCUAACAUGUCAAGUGUGGUUUUUAUGUUAAAGGGUGAAAAAUUACUACCAAAACCAAGUGAACCUGGGUUCUACACAGGAAGAGAUAAUACUAGCACAGAAUCUUCUUCAAAGGAGGGUUCCAUAAAUGAAGCUUCAAUCUCAUUGUUAGAGGCCAGAUAG